AGGUCAGUGGAGGUGACAGAGCAAAUUGCUCCAGAAAAUUUGAAACAACUUCCGGUAUCUGGCAGGCUGCGACAGAGGAGUGGGGAACAGACGACUGGAAUGAAGAUCCAGCAAUGGGUAGCUUCCUACCAUCGGGCUGCAAACGGACUUCCCCUGCGGCAGUCAAUGGCUGCUACCAGCUCUCGGAGACAAAGAUUUUUACCUCCUCCAAUGUUGGCUCCCUUCCUCUUGAAAACAAGACUGUAACCAUCACAGCAGGGCAAAGGAUUGACUUGGCCGUGUUGUUGGGGAAGCAGCCCACAGCCUCUGAGAAUGACCCCACCUCCCUGGACACCACCAGCUCCUCCACCCUCUCCCAACCCCUGGUUUACAGCAACUCAAAGCAACGGUCCACAGCCCAGCCGUCCCCUCCCAGUGCCUUCCCUCAGCACAAUAUGGUCAGCAUGCUGGGGAAGAGCUUUGUUGAGGUGGGGGAGCCCAAGGCUGGCAGCAGUGCGGGCUCCCAGCUCCUAGAGCAGCUGAAAACAGCACAGGCCCUGGCACAGUUGACAGCACAGCACACGCAGCCCAGCAGCAAACCAUCCUCCUCCUGGGACGUAGGGCCAACUUCACAACCGUCAGCACUCAGCCAGUUUGAGUUGAAAUCCCAAGCGGACUCUUCAGUCCACAGUACCUUCAGCCAGCGAGGGCCAUAUGGAAACUCUGGCAUGGCUGACCUCUUCAUCCUUACAAAACAGCCGACGGCCGAGGCUCUCAACUCCCUCCCCAACAAACCCAGGGGCACUCAGAUAUCCCCAGGAUCGUCAGAGAACCAGCCCUGCAGUCCCGGGCCUGCCCAGCAAAAGCUUAAACCCCCCAGGAAGAAGGUCUCUAUUUCAUCUAAGAUCCCAGCUAGUGCAGUGGAGAUGCCAGGCUCCACAGACAUCACAGGAUUAAACCUGCAGUUUGGGGCCUUGCAGUUUGGAUCAGAGCCUCUGCUGUCAGAUUAUGAAUCAGCCCCAGCAACUAGAGUGUCAGUCCAUCUGACACAGAGCAGCCUCUACACCAGUGCUGUCAGUGAAACCUCUUCCACCAUCUCCUCUAACCCAAGCCAGGAUUUGGGGUACCAGCCCAGCUCUAUCACCGCCUCUGUGUUCACAGUUCAGAGCAGUGCCCAGGGCACACAGUAUGAUCCAAGCUCCAGCCAAAAGGCUCCCUACUGCAACUCCCUAUCCUCCUCACCACAGAAAGACAUAACACAGGGCAAG